GCCUGAAAGAAUGAAUGCGUCCAUCCAUCCACCCAAUCUGUCCCAAUCAAUCAAGGAAGCCAUAGAUACACAUAUCUCUCCAAUCUCGCCCGCCCAUUGGCAACCAAACCACAAACACGCCAGUCGGACCUAUACCACCGACGCACACUGUCAUGUCUCUCUCUGCCGUCCGUCGCUCAAUUCGUUUCCGCCUUCCUUCAGCUGCUUGCAUCAAGAUAGGACGGCGCGUCGAAAAGCCUGUCAUAGCUGAAUUUGUCAGCCUUGCUCUGCACACCCGGGGCCCUUUCAGCGGCUCCCGACACGUCAAAGCCCUCUGUGGCCGAUAGCACUGGCGCGCUCCCUCUCUCUGCGGGGCGGGCAUCCUCCCCCAGGGAGAUAUUCUCUUGCUGGCCGGGGCCGAGGAACUCUCCUGGCCUGCAAGUGCCUGCUCGGCGAACAAGGGCUGUGUAUCGGUCGUCACGUCCUCUGCUGCCCUGUCCUUGUCAACACUCUCUGGUGCCUUUCUGGGAUUCUCGCCGCGCAUCGUGGUCGACGGCAGAUGCACGCUGCCUGAGAGCUCAUGUGUGUCUGAUGAGUUGUUGAGAAAGCUCAGGCCGCCGCCGAAAUCCGUCGACGCAUUGCUGGAGAGGAUGCUGCCGAGGUCAUCCACUGUGCCGUGAGCCAUGCGGCCCCGCAAAGGAACCGAAUCAAGGCCAAUUGGGGAGUGGACGGCAAAGGAUGGCUUGAUGUCUCGGUGGCUCGUCAAGUGGGGAAUGGGCAGCGAGAAAUUGGCCGAGUGGAUGCCGAAUGAGGAUGAGAAAUUGGAGGAGCAGUUGCUGUCGAAGAGGGGGUGCGGGUGGUAGGGGUGGUACGCCGGGUGUGUGGCGGUGUGGUGGACGUGGUGCAUCUUGAAGGCCGAUGGCGGCUGAGGGAUGAACUCGGGCAGGGAGCCGUUGGUCGGAUGCACUCUGGCGCCGUCGAAGCCCUCGCUGGGCCGCAGGUAGGCCCCGAAGUCCCGCUUGGAGAUUGCAUUCUUGCCCUGAUGAUGAUAACAAGAUCAAGGGGCCAUGUCUUUUGGCUAUCUAGCAGGCAGUGUGCUGUGGAUGCUCACCCCAGACAUGAGGUACUCCCAGGCGAGCUCUGCGCGGUUGCUUGACUUGUCUUUGUUGUUGUAAACAUCGAGCUUCCUGAAGUACUCCAUGAACAGCUGCAGCCAGAAACAUAAGUAUGAGCUCUGGACACGUGCUGUGAGUGGAGAGUGCUUACGUCCCGUGUCAGCUCUCUGUCAGGGCGGAGGCCGUGAAGCACCUGCACAACCACAAUACGCAGAAGAGUGCGUGCCGUGUGUGUGCAUGUGUGUCAUGUCACCGACUUUGGGUGCGAGUUUGGUUGUGGGCUCGGGUUCUUUGAUGACGCCGUCAUAGUCCUUGAGCUCAGGCGGGGGCUGGUUGAGGAUGAUGGUCCAGAUGAAGGUGUCCAUAGGAAGGCUCUCCAUGUACUUGGUGAACUUGCUCAUCGUGCAGCCUGAAUGCAGAGACAUCAAAUGCAUCCAUCUCGUUUGCCCAUCCCAUUCGUGUGUCCCCCCUGCCGACCGCAUAUGUGCCCCUGCUCUUGAAAACACAUGCCAAACUUGUCCCGGGUCAUCUCGUUGGGCUGUAUCCAUACAAAGGAGGCAGGCCACCCGUUCCGAUGCCUCUGUGUCUCUGCUUGGCUUGCAUUGCCCCCAUUACUGACCGCAAUGAAGAGCCCCUGCAGGGCAUCGAGGCGAGUGGGGCAUUUAUCCGACAAGGCCAGCAGCGCCUCAGCAAGGCACUGCACAAAGCCAACCAGAAAGAGGAUGGAGACCCCUCUUUGUUUUGGGACCUAUACCUUCUUGUGUACGACGUGGCUUUCCCGUCUUCUGGCUGCGUGGUACAGCAGCUCCCACCGCGGGCGGCUCUCGAGGGUCACCUUGAGCUCAUCCCAUGCAGAGGGGUCCCGCUGCCCCUCAAUCGACGCUGACUUCUCCGUCACAAACGAGAACGGAUUGUCUCCAUCUGCAGACGACAGCCAGAAUAGGAUAUCCGUACAGUUGGCAGGUGCACCGUGCAACGCACAUGCUGCCCACCUUUGCUGUUCAGGAUGCGUCGGCCGCCCUUGAUUGCGAUGAGCUUUGUGAGGUUGCCGGCCUUGAUGGGCACGUCGAGCCGCAGCCGCAGCGCCUUUGUCUUCUUGGUGAGUGCUCCAGCUGGGUCUGCAAUAGUGUCGAGGCGGGAGAAGGCUCGCAGGGAGCCCUCAGUGAGUCUCAAGGCAAAGAGGAGAAGGAAUACAGGAUGCAUCGUGGCGGAAAAGGGAUGGCAGAGGAUCGGGAGGCGAGGGGAGGAAUGGCAGGCUUGGAAUGUCCCGCGGCAAGUUGAGCAGCUUUCAGGAUCUGCCGCCCCAAUCACAACAGAUGGAGUGGAUGAAAGGAAAACGGAUGGCGACCGUGACGGACAGACACCC